ACGCUCAGGCUCCGCCGUGAGCGGGGGCGGUCCGGCGGCCGGGCCAGAGGGACGCCGGCUUGUGUCCGCUGCCCGCCUGCCCCGUGCCUGGCGCGGAAGGCUGCGGAGAGCCUGUGGAGAGGCUGCCUCACCCGGAGGGGGUGGUCUGAGUGUCUUUUCCCCCACCUCUUCCACCUCUGCUCGGUGCCAUCGAAGAGCCCUUGGUGAAGGAUGUCGUGGAUCAGAGAGGGUGAGCUGACCAUCAUAGAGAGGUUUUGUGCCAACAUCAUUAAGGCAGGUCCAAUGCCCAAGCAUGUUGCCUUCAUCAUGGAUGGCAACCGCCGCUACGCCCAGAAGUGCCACGUGGAGAGGCAGCAGGGGCACUCACAGGGCUUUGAUAAGCUGGCACAGACACUCCGCUGGUGUUUGAACCUGGGCAUCAGGGAGGUCACUGUCUAUGCCUUCAGCAUCGAGAACUUCAAGCGCUCCAAGGAGGAGGUGGAUGGGCUGAUGGAUCUGGCAAGGCAGAAGUUCAGCCGCCUGCUGGAGGAGCAGGAGAACCUGAGGAAGCAUGGGGUGUGCAUCCGUGUCCUCGGGGACCUGCCGCUGCUGCCCUUGGACAUCCAGGAGCUGAUUGCCCAGGCCGUGCUGGCCACUAGGAACUACAACAAAUGCUUUCUCAAUGUCUGCUUCGCUUACACCUCAAGACACGAGAUCAGCAACGCCGAGGAGAUGGCCUGGGGAGUGGAACAAGGCCUGCUGGAACCCAGCGACGUGUCGGAAGCGCUGCUGGAUCAGUGCCUGUACACCAGCAACUCCCCCGACCCAGACCUCCUCAUCAGGACCUCUGGAGAGGUUCGCUUGAGUGAUUUCUUGCUCUGGCAGACAUCCCACUCGUGCCUGGUGUUUCAGUCAGUCUUGUGGCCAGAGUAUUCCUUUUGGAACCUGUGUGAGGCUAUCCUUCGGUUCCAGAUGAACUACACUGCUCUGCAGAAGGCCAGAGACUCCUACAUGGAGGAAAGGAGGCGACAACAGAUGGAAAGGGAUCAGGCUUAUGUGACACAGAAGCUGCAGCAGGAGGGGUUCGCGUCCCACGGAGACUCUCGGCGCCGCCGGAUGCUGCUGCAGAAGUGCACAGCCAUGCGGGAGCAGAGGAUCCAGGGCUUCCUGCAGGCUCUGGAGCACAAGAGAGUGGACUUCUUUGAGAGGUUGUGUCCGGUGUCUGCAUGACACAGGGGCUGGGUCCUUCUCGGGAAGGCAGGGGACAGCUGCAGCCCGGCGGAGUUCCCUGGGUGUGGCUCAGCAGUGGGGCCGCAGGCUGCUGCCAGUGUCCCGAGGGGCAGGGACAAGCACUGUGACCUCUCUAGGGCUGGGAGCGCUGCUGAGGAAGGCGAUGCCGUCCUGUCGUACCUCCCUGCCCCCACGAUGGAGAAGGGGCACACCCCACCAGAGCUCUCCUGCUUGGCACUCCACAGGCCUGGCUCUUUGAACUAUAAAAUGAGCCCCCAGUUCCGUUUUACUCCUCACGAACUGGCCCAGGCAAACCAGUUCAGUCCUGGUAAAUCAGACUGGGCUCAAGUUCUUGCCAUGGCUUCACAGGGGUGGCUCCCCUGUUGAGAUUUGCUCUGCUACCCCUCAGGGGCAGCCUUGCUUUCUGGAAGCAGAGGAUUAUUGCUGGUGUGCCAAGCAGUGGCAGAGAGAUUCCCCACUCCCUGAUGCCAUCUUGCCUUUUCCCCUCCUGACUCUGCUGGGUUUCACCUGUCUGCUCUUGGCUUCCCAGGAGCUCAAGCAAAGCGCCAGAACAAAGAUCUCCAGAGCUUCCCCAGGCCCUGCAAUCCCUCCUGAGCAGUGCGUGUGGGGAAAACUCAAACGCUGGUGUUGGAGCAAGCUGUGCCUAGGAAAGGCUCCGAGCAGGCAAGGAGGAAGGAUUGGUUGGGAAUUAGCUUUGUGGCUUGAAAAGGAAGGAGCUAAAGCUCAGUGAUGGCACAGCUUGCAGAAUCCCUGGGAGACCUCUCUGAGAGCUAUGAUUUAACAUCCUGUUUGCAGGGAAUGAGGGGCAGCCCAGAUGAGGAGCACAGUAGCCAAGCCCAGCCAAGAUGGGCUCAGCAGGGCUCUGGAGCUGCCUGUGCUGGGAGCGGCUGCAGCAGCUCUGGGGUGUUGGUUGUUCUCGCUUUUCCAUCAGGCAGGGAGGCUGAACUAAGCCAACUUCCAAGAUUGUUUCCGUCCCCACAGUCGAAAUAAGAGAAAAUGUCUGGGUUUUUGUUUCUGGUGCACAGAGAGGUGCAGCAGUGGCAGCUCUUGCUGGUUCUGAAGCUUUCUUGUUUACCUCCAGGUGAAAACUCUAGAAAACAGAGAUUUUAAAAGCCUUGUGAAGGGCUUCACACUCAGCUCUUUGUGACAGUGAGGAGAAGAACUCCAUUGUCUAAUGGUGAAUAAAGCAUAUUGAUAGCAAA